AUGCCACCUAAGAAAAGCAAUGGAUGCAACAACUGCAAGGAUGCUGUCAUACCCCUCUGGCUGAAAUCUGUACUUAAACGAUGGGAUUAUUACUUUGCCAGGUUUGACCGUAUGUUCGAUUUAUUAGUUUCCAUGCAACAGUCGCACAGGUCCAUUGUGAGGAAAAUUGAUGCGAUUGAAAACCGUUUAUUUGAUCAAAUGAGUGCAGCGCAGGCUAAUAGUGAUCUUUAUACCACUAAGCAGUGUAAUAUUGUCUGGGUAGGCAUCGAGGAGCAAGUUGAUGAUAGAUCCACAUCUGAUUUUGAUCGGGAAGCGAUUAAAGAGAUCAUUUAUGCCGCUUGCGAUAACGAGCUGAUGAGCCAAUGGAAAGCAGGGAAUAUUAAAACUGCGCGGUUCCCACAUAAUCGUAGUGCCACCUUGAGGAAACCGAGAAUAAUCAAGAUUAACCUCCCCUUGCAAGAGCUCAGGGACCGUCUCUUGGCCUUUAUGAAAAGAGGGCGGCUCUCACUUACGCAAACAUUUCCUCAUUCUUAUGCAAGACGAGACUAUACUAAAGAGGAAUUGGAUUACGACAGACAGCUCAGAAAGAGAGCAGGGCUUCUCAGUGCGAAUGGGGGUAAACUUCUUUAUGUUGUACGAGCACUUGCUGGUCUAGAUAAAACUCCGCGAUCUCCGCGCUCCAUUAGUCGCUCCAGUUCUAUCGAGGGACAAACCUACCCAGGACGUCGUUUUUUAGUUUUAAACGGGCUCUCCUCUCAGUUAUUUCUUGAUUAUAUUCGUGACCUCGGAGUCAGUUAUGAUGCAAGUCUCGAUUUUGAGCGUUUUAUUACUGAUAUUGUUACCGAAGCAAUCAUCAGAUCGUCAUCAGAUCUAAUUACAUCUUGCGUGCCUUUCACUCGCGUGACCCUAAGCUGCUUUUAUGUCACGAUUAACGUAAGACCCAUGCUUGAAUACUGUUCUCAACUGCGGUCACCAUAUAAAGCAUAUCUAAUUGAUAGAGUGGAACAGUACCAGGAACAGGUCUUCAACCUAUCGGGAUUUUACGGUCGUAAGAAGCAGCACGCCGUAGAUUCGUACGAGAGACGGCUUACUGCUCUUGGCGCGUUAUCUUUGGGAAACCAGGUAGGGAGAUCGCGGACUUGGGUCUUGUACAAGAUUGUCUUUAAUGAGGUCGACUUGGCCGUCGAAGAUCUACUCCGUGUUUCUCCAUUCAAUAAUACAAAUAACUAG